UGAAACGUAAACAACGUUAUUGCUUCGUUGGACUACACGUGCUUCAUGAGAUGUCGUUCAGUGGACCCUUACCUUCCUAACUAAACCGGGAUUUACAGCUGUGGAUGUGUUUAUGACUCGUUAUUACGACGGAUCUGGUCAUGAUGAGCAUCUGAUCGUCUUCAGAGACACAAAGAUCUCAGUGUUGAGCUGUUCAUCUGCAGUAUGUCAGAGAAGAGAGGAAAGAUGAGUCUCUCACACAAACAGAGUGUAAGAUCAGACUCACAUGUGUCCAGUUCUGUGUCUGUGAAGAGUGAUCGGUCAAAGGAAGAUCCACCGGAGUUCAGUGAGGAAACACCAUCAGCUACUGAAAGUGUAACAUCAGGAUCACAUGUGUCCAGCUCUGUGUCUGUGAAGAGUGACCGGUCAAAACUUGAACCAAUGAAGUUCAGUGAGAAAACACCAUCAGCUACUGAAAGUCUGCAUUAUGAUACAUUAGACUCAGACUUCCAGAUUAACAGGAACCACAAGAAUUUCACAGACAAACUCCAAGGAAUCUUCCAGGAUCUUGAGAAGAAAAUAAUAACAUUUCUAAAAAAUGAGCUGGAAAAGUUUAAGAAAAUAUUACAAAAAGAGGACAUGCAAUACUUUGUGAAGGACUUUAAUGAGAACAGAUGCAGUAUGAAAGAAGCAGCUCUUGAUCUCACGCUCUACUUCCUGAGAGAGAUGAAGCAAGAUGAAGCUGCUGAUACUCUAGAAGAUGAUCUGGUCUUCAUUCAUCAGCUAAAGUGUAGCCUAAAGAAGAAGUAUCAAUGUGUGUUUGAAGGAAUUGCAAAGCAAGGAGACUCUACACUUCUGAAGAACAUCUACACAGAUCUCUAUAUCACUCAGGGUUGUAGUGAACAGGUCAAUACUGAACAUGAGGUGAGACAGAUUGAAGUUGCUUCCAGACGUCAUGAAUCACAGGAGAUACAGGUUGAGUGCAAACAUUUGUUUGAAGCACCUGAACAAGACAAGCAGAUCAGAACUGUACUGACAAAAGGAGUUGCUGGCAUCGGAAAAUCAGUCUCUGUGCAGAAGUUUGUUCUGGAUUGGGCCGAAGGAAAAGAAAAUCAAGAUAUCAGCUUCAUAUUUCCUCUUCCAUUCAGAGAGAUGAACUUAAAGAAGCAAGAAAAACUAAGUUUGAUGGGCCUUAUAACUCAGUUUUUCCCAGAGACAAAAGGACUGAAGCUUACAAGAAGAAAUCAAUUCAAAGUCUUGUUCAUUCUUGAUGGAUUGGAUGAAUGUCAACUUCCUGUAAACUUUAAGGAUAAUGAGACGUGGUCUGAUGUUUCAUCACCAGUCUCUCUGGAUGUUCUCCUGACGAACCUCAUCAAGGGAAAUCUGCUUCCUUCUGCUCUCAUCUGGAUCACCAGCAGACCAGCAGCUGCCAGUAAGAUUCCUCCUGACUGUAUUGACCGGCUGACAGAGAUACGAGGAUUCAAUGAUGCACAAAAGGAGGAGUACUUCAGAAAAAGAUUCACGGAUGAGAAUCAGGCCAAAGAAAUCAUUGAUCAUGUUAAACAAUCAAAGAGUCUCUUUAUCAUGUGCCACAUCCCAGUCUUCUGCUGGAUUUCAGCCACUGUUCUCCAGAACAUUUUAGAGGAGAAAAGAAAUAAUGUCAGGCUGAUGAUGUCCCCAAAACACUGCAGGAGUCAAAUACUGAAGACACUCCUAAGACUCUGACACAAAUGUACACACACUUCCUCAGAUUUCAGAUCCAGCAGAGCAGACGAAAGUAUGAUGGAGAACAUACACCAGGUGUUUCCUGGGAUAAAGAUGCCAUCUUUUCACUGGGGAAACUGGCAUUUGAUCAGCUGGAAAGAAACA